GUUGAUACUCUUAAAGGAGCAUUUCCCUUUCGUAACGUUUGUGUUAAGCCUGGUUAUGGAGAUAUAAAGGGCUUGUGCAGAUCUCAUUCAUCCAUAAAAGAAAAAGAGGUGUUGUAGAUAAAUCGACAAGGACAAGGAAUCCGAAAGUAACGUUUGUCAUCAAGCAAAGUCCCCACGUAGCAAAGCCUGAACAAGGAACAUGAACUUCACCAAUCGCUUCAGCUUCUUGAUGCUGCUUUUCAUUCUGGUUCUGGGCUCUGCUACUAAACCAGGAGUACGAUUGGAUAUUCAAGAUAAACAUGUGAUAAUGGAUAAUGGCAUAGUUCGGGUCAACUUAUCAAAUCCUGAAGGAAUUGUCACGGGAAUUCAAUACAAUGGCCUCGACAAUUUGCUCGAAGUUCUUAACGAAGAAUCUAACAGAGGGUACUGGGAUAUCGUAUGGGACCAAGGUGGUGAAAAAAGAACAGAAAAAGGAAAAAAGGGAAAGGGCACACUUGACAGAUUGGAAGCGACGAAUUUUACGGUAAUCGUGAAAAAUGAGGAACAAGUAGAGCUAUCAUUCACGAGAACAUGGAAUUCCUCUCUUGAGGGGAAGUUUGCUCCACUCAAUAUUGAUAAAAGGUUUAUAAUGCUUGCUGGUUCCUCUGGUUUCUACACCUAUGCCAUUUAUGAACAUUUAAAGGAAUGGCCAGCUUUUGAUCUUGACAAUACUAGGAUCGCAUUCAAGCUUAGAAAAGACAAGUUCUGCUACAUGGCUGUAGCAGACAACAGACAAAGAUUUAUGCCUCUGCCUGAUGACCGGUUACCGCCAAGAGGUGAAGUUCUGGCCUACCCUGAGGCUGUGCGACUUGUUGAUCCUCUAGAACCUGAAUUCAAAGGAGAGCAGGUAGAUGAUAAAUAUGAGUACGCGUGCGAGAGCCGAUACAACCACGUUCACGGUUGGAUACACCUUGAUCCAUCCAAUUCCACUGGAUUCUGGCUAAUUACGCCAAGUUAUGAGUUCCGAUCUGCUGGACCCCUUAAGCAAUAUCUUACUUCUCACGUGGGCCCCACCACACUCUCUGUAUUUCAUAGCACGCAUUAUUCAGGGGUGGAUCUCAUAAUGAAAUUUGGGCCCAAUGAGCCGUGGAAGAAAGUCUAUGGGCCCAUAUUCAUAUACCUCAAUUCUCUAUCUAACGGGUUCAGCCCAACCCGCCUCUGGGAGGACGCCAAACAACAGAUGGUCAAUGAAGUUGAAAGCUGGCCCUAUACAUUUCCAGCUUCCAAGGACUUUCUUUCAUCUGAGCAACGAGGUAAAGUUCAAGGUAGAUUGCUUGUCCGAGAUAGGUACAUUAGUGAUGCAUUCAUCCCAGUUAGUGGUGCUUAUGUGGGACUAGCAGCCAUAGGAGAAGUUGGAUCUUGGCAAAGGGAAUGUAAGGGUUAUCAAUUUUGGACCAUUACUGAUGAUAAAGGCUAUUUCUCAAUUAUUAACAUACGCCCUGGGGACUAUAAUCUCUACUCCUGGGUCACUGGGUUCAUUGGUGAUUAUCAAUUCGAUAGUGUCAUCAAUGUAACUUCAGGUUGUGAUAUUAAUGUGAAUGAGCUUGUUUAUGAACCACCAAGAGAUGGCCCUACGUUGUGGGAAAUAGGCAUGCCUGAUCGUUCAGCUGCUGAGUUCUUUGUUCCUGAUCCAAAUCCCAUGUACAUUAACAGACUCUAUGUCAACCAUCCAGAAAGGUUUAGGCAAUAUGGCUUGUGGGAGAGGUAUGCUGAAUUGUAUCCAAAGGAAGACCUAGUUUACAAUGUUGGCAUUAGCGACUACAGAAAAGACUGGUUCUUUGCUCAGGUUACCAGGAAGAAAGACAAUAACACCUACCAAGGAACCACAUGGAAAAUUAAUUUCAACCUUGAUUGUGUGAAUAAAAAUGGAACCUACACAUUGAGAGUGGCUCUGGCGUCUGUGCAUUCAGCUGAAUUAGAGAUUCGGAUAAACAAUUUAGAAGCAAAUCCACCUUUAUUUUCAAGUGGAGUAAUUGGAAAGGAGAAUACGAUAGCUAGACAUGGAAUUCACGGGCUCUACUGGCUAUACAGCAUUGAAGUAGAAGGCAAUCUUCUUGUGCAGGGGAACAAUACCAUUUUUCUAACGCAAGCAACAAACACAAGUCCUUUUAUAGGAAUUUUGUAUGAUUAUAUUCGUUUAGAAUACAAACAAUGAAGAUCAAUCAUAAAGUAUUAUUCUUAAGAAUAUUUGAUUGGAAAAUGUCAUCAAUUUAUCUAACUAAAAUCAGUGGAAAAGUAAUUAAUUCA